AUGCCUGAAUUAGCUGAGGUUUCCCGGAUAGUGCACUUUCUUUCAGAAUAUGUCGUUGGAAAAACUCUUACCAAAGUCACUACGACGAACGAUGAUAUCGUGUACGGCAAGGCUGGGACCAGUGCUUCGGAGUUCCAGAAAGCAAUGGAGGGGAAAAGGGUUGUCUCGGCAGGACAGCAAGGCAAAUACUUUUGGAUGAUCAUGUCGGAACCUCCCCAUGCUGUCAUGCAUUUUGGGAUGUCUGGCUGGCUCAAGUUUGACGGUGUUGAUACAUACUACUAUCGCAGCGACAAACAUGAAGACGAGGAAUGGCCACCCAAACACUGGAAAUUCCUUCUCGAAACAGACGGAGAGCCUAAAACAGAGGCUGCUUUCGUCGACGUUCGCAGAUUAAGUAGGGUCCACCUCGUGGACUGCCCAGCAGAGGAUAUCCGCAAAUAUAGUCCCCUCAAGAAUCAUGGACCAGAUCCGAUCCUCGAUAAAAACAUUCUCACUGAGGAGUGGCUGGCGAAAAAGAUCAAGAGCAAGAAGGUCCCUGUCAAGGUCUUUCUUCUGGAUCAGGCGAACAUCAGUGGAAUAGGGAACUGGAUGGGCGACGAGAUCUUGUACCAUGCAAAGAUUUAUCCGGAGCAAUAUAGCAAUACCCUUACUGAUGAGCAGAUCAAACAGCUCUAUUCUUCGAUAAAUUAUGUCUGCACAACUGCAGUGCACCUGCUGGCCGAUUCGGAACAAUUCCCUAAGGACUGGCUGUUCAAAUACCGUUGGGGUAAAGGAAAGAAGAAUCAUACCUCAGUCUUGCCCAAUGGGGAGAAAAUCAUCUUCCUGACUGUGGGAGGCAGGACAAGUGCUGUAGUCCCAAGCGUUCAAAAGAAGACUGGCCCCGUUGCUAAGGACAUUAGCGAGGAAGAUAUCGAUGUCCCAAAAAGUGAGACAAAGCGGAAGCGUGCGACGGCCGUGGAAAAAGAGGAGGAAGUGGAUGGUGUUGAAGAGAAGCCCAAGCCUAAGAAGCAAGGAUUGAGCAGACGAAGUAAACCAUCCGAGGAUGCCGUGGAAUCAAAAGCAGAGUCAAUCACGCAAGGAAGACGGCGUUCCACACGUUUGAGGAAAUGA